GUGAGCCAAUUUCCCAUCUCAUACCGAUUGUGUUAUCGAGGGUGACAUCAAUUCCUGAAAGAGUUCGUCUUUUCACCGCAAUCACCACUGACAGGAACCGAGAUGAAGAUUCAAGCGAUUCUUCCGCUUUGUAUCGUUGUACUGUUUGCCUCAGGAAGUGUAUCAGCGUAUUGCCCUUGGGGAUGGAAGAAGUUCGAAAGCUUUUGCUAUCUUGCAAGAAGCACUUCCAUGACUUGGCACCAGGCCCAAAAUUAUUGUAAAAGAAGGGGAGGAGACCUGGUAAAGAUUACCAAUGCGCGGGAAAACGAGUUCGUUCUGGCUCUCGCGAGGAGGUUUGCACGAACAAGGAAACAAGUGUGGAUCGGCCUGAUGUGGACCGCUAAAGACUUCUACUGGAGUGAUUACUCAGUUCCAGUCUACAAGGCCUGGGCUCCCAAGGAACCAAAUGGAAAAUCCCGGGAACCCUGCAGUAACAUGUGGACCAGGCACACAUCCUUUCUGCCGAUCAGAGCAAACGGUUACUGGAACGACCUGCCUUGUGCGGUGUCAUCUCGCGUGCCUAUUGGCCUGGUGUGUAAAAGGCUCGCUUAAGCUGCUAACGCAGGAAUACCAAGAAGCGACUUCAACAAAAGUAAAAUUUGGUGAUGGGAACAUUUUUAAAAAAUCAAAUUGUAUGGUGUAAAGGAAUGCUUUUUCUUUUUAUACAAUAAAGCGCU